AUGGAGGCAUCCCUAGAACUAGGGGCGAAAAGGGUAGAAGUCAUUGGAGAUUCAAACCUAGUGGUUGUCCAAGCAAGAGGAGACUGGAAGGUCAAAAAAGACAUGCUGAAACUAUACCACACUGUGCUGGAAGCUCUAAUUCGACAAUUCGACUUUGUUAGCUUCACACACACUCCACGAGUGAGUAACAGGUUUGCAGAUGCACUGGCAACAUUGGCUUAUAUGGUUGAGAUAUCCCUGGUAUUCACAAUGCUGCCUCUUAUGAUUGAGCAAAAGGUCAAACCAGCAUGCAAAUGCACCUUCACUAAAGAAGGUGAGGACGAUGGAAAACCAUGGUAUGAAGACAUGAGGAAAUUCCUGGAAGAGGGAAAGUAUCCUUCCAAAGCCACCUCGAAGGACAAGAUGGCCUUAUGA